AUGCAAUCACUCCAACAACAACAACAACAACAAUUCAAUCAACUCGGUGGUUUCACUGUUUUCGUUGGCCAUAUUCCAUCUUCAAUGAAUGAAGAAGGUGUCUCUCAAAUCUUUAAUAAAUUUGGUAAUAUCCUCGAUAUUACUAUAAUUAAAGAUAAAAGAACAAAUGUCUCAAAAGGUUGCGCUUUUAUUACAUUCUCAACUAAAGAAGAAGCUGAUAAUGCAUUAAAUACCACAAACGAAAGUGGAACUUUCCUCGAAAAUAUGAAUAAACCAUUACAAGUUAAAUAUUCAGAUAAUGAAAUUGAAAAGAUGGAAAGAAAAUUAUUCAUUGGUAUGUUAGGUACCUCCGAUGAAGAUCAAAUUCGUAUUUUGUUUGGAAACUAUGGUAUUAUUGAAGAUUUGAACAUUGUUAGAGAAAAGGAUGGUAAACCAAAGGGUUAUGGUUUCAUUAAAUACUCAACCAGAGAUGAAUCUGAAAAUGCCUUAAGAGAAAUCGAUGGUAAACAUACUCUUCCAGGUUCAAAUCUUCCAAUCAUCGUUAAAUUCGCCGAUACUGAAAGACAAAAGAGAAAGAAGUUACUCGGUAAUCAACAACCACCACAAAACCCUUUCAAUUUCUAUCAACAAAAUCAACAACAACAACAACAACAGCAACAACAACAACAACAACAAAAUCAAUACCAACCAUUCUUCUAUGGUCAAAACUCUCAAAUGUCACAAGCUAUGGGUAAUAAUGGUUAUCGUGGUUAUCAACAACAACCAAAUGUUAAUUUUGGUAUGAUGCAAGGUAACCAAGCUUUUGAUUAUAAUCAACAACAACAACAACAGCAACAACAACAACAACCAAACGAAUCAAAUGAUUUAUUCAUUUAUUACCUCCCAUUCACUUAUGGUGAUGAAGAAUUAAAACAACUUUUUGCUCCAUAUGGUAAUGUAAUAAGCUCAAAAGUUUUCAUUGAUAAAAAUACUCAACAAUCUAAAUGUUUUGGUUUUGUAUCUUAUGAUAACACUCAAUCAGCCAUUGCUGCAAUUCAAGAAUUAAAUGGUCGUGCUAUCGAAGGUAAAAAACUCAAGGUUAAUUUCAAGAGAGAAAAACAAUUUUAA